AAAGUGUCGCGCUUCCCAUCGUAAAGUGACAAAACUGGGCUUUCACGUGGAUCCCGGAAAAAGACGCCGGGCAACAUGGGGAAGAGGAAAGCUCGACAGCAACGCCAGCAACUGAUCAGCAACUUGAGCAAGAAGCAAAAGAAACACCUCAAGGAUUUCGGGGAGGAGCACCCUUUCUAUGAUCGGGUUUCUGCAAAGAAAGAACCAGCUCAAGUUUGUGAACUGUCUGAAAAUUCUGAGCCAUCAGGUUCAGAAAAUGAUUCAGAUAGCGAUUCAGAACAUGUCUCUGUGUAUCACAAAUUAUUGGCCACGUUAAAAACUGCUCCAAACUCAGAUAAUGAGGAGGAAGAUUAUGAUGAAUCUGAAGAUGGAAGUGACAAGAAUCCCAUAGAAACUGAUACUGAAGAGUUUCAGGAUGAGGGAGAAACUGGGGAUGAAGGUAAUAAUGGCGAUGUGCCUGACCAAGAAUCAGUUACAGAAGCACCAGAGCAAAAAACUACUCAAGAAGAACCUGGAGAUGUAGAUAUUUCUAGUGACCUAAAAGAUGAAGGAUUCACAGAUUAUAAACAUGAAUCUGAGUUUAGCCUGGAAACGAAUUUUAUAGAAGAGAGUGCAGACCAGAAAGAAAGUUAUUCUUCUGAUGAUGCUGCUAAAGAUCCGUUUAAGUGCCACAUGGAUGAGGAACUAAACAAAAAAGAAAUAGAUAACAUUCUGGCACACUUCAAAUAUACCACCCAGGUCAAGUGGCCAGCUCUGGGUCAAUUAGUGUUUUCUUCUGCCUUGGAGAAGUUUGGAGUGAUUAAGCCUGAUAAAGAAGUUGAUGUGAAACACCUUCAUUUGCACAAGCCUUUAGAAACUACCUGGCCAAAAGUGAAUAACCCAUUGAUUUCCAAGGAAACUAAAUCAAAAGAUCAGUCAUUUACCCCAUUGCAAAAGGAACUCUUCUGCAUUAUGAAUUCUUACAAGGACUUGUUCUACCCAGAGAGAACUGCUUUAAGAAAUGGAGAAGAAGUUCGUCAUGUUUACUGCUUGCAUGCCAUGAACCAUGUCCUAAAGGCAAAUGCUCAGGUGCUCAGCAAUAAUGCCAAACGAAGGGACCAACAACAAGAUAUUGAAGAUGAUGGUUUCAGGGACCAAGGACUCACUAGACCAAAGGUGCUGAUAGUAGUGCCCUUUCGUGAGUCUGCUUUACGUGUAGUGCAGAUUUUCAUUAGCCUCCUUGAAUCUGUGGGUAAAAAGAAAAUUGAUGUGAGUAACAAAAAGCGGUUCAAGGGGGAAUUUGGCUCCGAUCCAGAUGAGAAACCUCCAAAUCUGAAAAGGCCAGAAGACUAUGACGCUGUCUUUGCUGGAAACAUUGAUGAUCAUUUCAAGAUAGGUGUUGCUGUUCUUCAGAAGAGUUUGCGACUGUAUGCACCAUUUUAUUCCUCUGAUGUCAUCAUUGCUUCUCCCCUUGGCCUGAGGACUGUGAUUGGAGCUGAGGGGGAAAAGAAUAGAGACUACGAUUUCCUUUCGUCGAUAGAAAUGCUUAUAAUUGAUGAAGCUGACAUUUAUCUGAUGCAAAAUUGGGAGCAUGUUUUGCACCUUCUGGCCCACAUUAAUCUAUUGCCUUUGGAAUCACACGGGGUGGAUUUUUCACGGGUGCGAAUGAUCAGUCUGAAUAACUGGUCAAAGUACUAUCGGCAGACACUGCUUUUUGGAGCCCUUCAGAAUCCGCAGAUCAACUCAAUCUUCAAUAAGCACUGCUUGAAUUACCAGGGACAGGUAGCAGUAAGGAAUGUACCAUUGAUAGGUUCCAUCAGUCAUGUUGUUGUCCAGCUUCCUCAUGUUUUUCGGAAAUUGGAAGCUGAAAAUUCUGUUUCUGUAAUUGAUGCAAGGUUUCAUUUUUUCAUUGACAAAGUAUUGCCUGAGUAUCGAGAUGCAGUUAUGUCACAUACCCUCAUUUAUAUUCCAUCAUAUUUUGAUUACGUGCGUCUUCGGAACUACUUCAAGAAGGAGGACCUGAGUUUUAUGCAUAUUUGUGAAUACACAGAUAAAUCAGGCAUUUCCAGAGCAAGGCACUUUUUCUUAAAGGGACAGAAGCAAUUUCUAAUUUUUACAGAACGCUUCCACUUUUAUAAAAGGUACACCAUUAGAGGCAUCAGAAACCUUAUUUUUUAUGAACUUCCAACCUAUCCACAUUUCUACAGUGAGGUCUGCAAUAUGAUGAAGUUGGCAGAUGGCGGGGAAGAAGCGACAUUGACCUGUACGGUGCUUUAUUCCAAAUAUGAUGCUCAGAAACUGGCUGCUGUGGUGGGUGUGGAGCGGACUGCUCAGAUGCUCCAGUCUUCCAAAAAUGUGCACCUUUUUGUCACUGGGGAAACAGAAUGAAGCAAGCCUCCUGUGGUGGCUGCUGUGAUGACUUUGCCUAAUAUAUUUGGGCUUGUAUUUCUUUUGUUACAAAUGUUAGGGGAUAAAAGUUAGUAGUUUGGAUACCUUUGUUUUAAAAAGGCCCAUUUUAAAGUGAACAUAAAAAAUAACAAAUGAGUGGUAUUCCUCUUCACGUUAAAUCUUUCUGACUCCUGUCUAUUGCUUUUGCUGCUGUCUGGAAAGGUAAUUUCUUUUGCCUUUAUAGUGGAUUUUGCAUUGUGUUUUUAUAUUGGAUGGCUAAGAACACUUUCAUUUUGGGAGUAUCUCAUUUCCUACCCUGCAUACUAGUCUGUGUAGAGAGAAACAGAAAAUUGUAUGAUUCCCCUGUGGAUAAGGAAAGAGAAGCCAUAAAUCAAUCAAGAUACAUACUUCAUGGUGCUGAAAGUCUUUGGUGUCCACUACCCAAGUCUAAUAAAUAGAUUACAAUAACAAUCAAACCUUGUCCCAAAUCUGCAUCCUUGAGAGAUUUGACCCCAUAGUUGCCUGACGGAAAAAGAGGGGUUAAAUUCACAGUUGACUAGGAACAGUAUAGUGUCAAGAGAUUUUCUGAAUAACUACCAGUAUAUCAAAAAGAAGAGAUAUCUUAUAAAGUUGUUGAUACAGAUCUUACAUAAAUACAGUCUGUCUGCAUUGGUCACCUUUUUAAAAACUUAGUGUCCAUAUUGUAAGUUCUUUUUAAAUGUCAAGAUAGACCCUUUCCACACAAGUCACCUAGAGCAUUUUCAGUCCCCCCUCUUUACCACAAUGUUCGUCCACCCUCACUUCCUCAAAACAUUUCAUGGCCACCAUGAGGGGUUUUUUUUUUGGGGGGGGGGGGAUUUGUAGAAUGAUGCUUCAUUGAUUUUUUGCUGAGAUUCUUUGUAGCUCAGUUUAAUCAUUGCUUCAUAGGUUUAACCAAACAACAAAAACCCCCACAAAAAUGAAAUAAUAAAGAGGCAAGGAGAAAUGGAAGUCGGGGACAAUGAAAAAAAUGGUGCCAAGGGAAAAGUUGGGUGACAGCACAAGGUGUGGAAAAUGGCAGUGGGAAAGAUAAAAUGUUACAAAUGUGACCACACAGUAAGGGAAGACAACUUGAAAACAUUUCAAUCAAAAUAAUAAAUGUAAAAGGGGUUUAAAAAAAUGGAGGAAGAACUGUUUGGAAACAUUUUCAGAACCAAGGUGAGGGGGAACAAUAUGGAGGAAACAUUUUUUGCAACCUGAAAAGGUUUUAAGUUUCUUGUGCAGAAAUGGCCAUAGUCCUGCAGAGAAAAUGGAUCACUGGUAUGUGUUGUCUUGCUUUUUAUUUUAGUUCUAAGCUAACUACUGAUAACCAUAUAUAACUCAUUCUGCUAGAAUGGAAACUAACUACUACAUGCCAAAAAGCACUUUCAUUUAAACAGAGAAUAAUUACUGCCAGUUUUUGGUGUAGUGCUAACCUUUAUUUCUAAAAACUUGUAUACUUCCCAGUGUGAAUCCUGGUGAGGGAUAUAAAAGCAGACAGCUAAAUAAAAGUGAUCUUCCCUU